GAACAACAUUUUAGAAAAGUUCUAAACUUUUCUAAAAGUUAGGCGGCCAUCUUUGUUUUGAUUGAACUCACACAUUUUGACAUUGUCAAUAAUUUCAUCAAUUUGGAGCGUGUUCACUUCGUUCUAAGCAUUUAAACUUACCUACAGAGCUGAUGUUGUAAUUCAAAUGUGAACCGGAAGUGUGGCGUAUCGUCGACCAUCUUGAAAAGCAUCGACAUAAAAUGCCUAUGUGUUGUGCUGCAAAUUGCUCCAAUAUUACAACGGAUAGGCCUAAGUUAGGGAUAAGUUUCCACCUAGUCCCAGAUCUGAAGCGGGCGAAAGGAAAGAGACACGUUGUAAGCGCCUGGUUGACAAAUAUAGGGCGUUUUGGGCCAGGAUGGACAGUGGACACCUUCAAAAAUCAAAAGCCCAGAGAGGUUGUUGUCUGUUCCCAACACUUCAAUCCAGAUGACUUUGAGCGGGAUUUCCGCAGUGAACUGAUGCCGGGGUAUACCCAAAAGAAAAGGAAACUAAAAGAGGAUGCCAUACCCUCCAUAUUUUCCCACAAGAAAACAAAUGAAAGGCCAGCAUUAUAUUUGCAAAAAAGGGAACAGAACCAGCAGAAAACUGAUUCAAGAUUACAAUCCAAUGGUCAAACAGAGGUGCAAGCUCCAACUUUCAGCCAUAUCUUGCUGGGCAAGUUGGAUGAAUCAGAAGCCUGUAUUAAUGCUAAAGAAAAUGAACAACACUUCAAUACACCUGAUCCUUGUAAAGAUUGUAUCUUGAGAACACAAAAGGUGUUCUGUGAGGCAGCAACCCAGAGAAAACCUCCAAAUUGCCAAACUCUGAAAGCAGCCCUGGCAAGGACAUCCGCUCCUCAUAUCCACCCUCUUACAAAUAUUUUGUCACCUGUUUCAUCCCCAAUGAAAGUUGUAUCUGACCAUGAUGACUCAUUACUAUUGACAACAAGUGUUUCAACAAGAUAUGAACAGAACAACAACUAUAUUCCUUCGUCGGAAUCUAAUUCUGAUUUUGAAGAUGAGGAAAAUCACCUGAGACCAGGAGAAAUAUACACCAGUGAACAGAAGUACAACUGCUUUGAAUCUUGUUUAGAUAAAGUAUUCUACCAGAUUAAAUGUCAUCAAUGCAAUGCCCAAGUUACCAACAUUGAGAGACAUGUUGUAGGGACUUUGUAUAAAGUCAAACUCCAGUGUAUAUCUGAACAUAAUGUUUGCACUUGGUCCUCACGGGAACCAUACCUGGGGAAACAACCUGCUGGGAACUUAUGUAUAGCUACUGCCACACUGCUAACUGCUAAGAUCAUGAGAGAGGAAUAUAAACAGAAAUAUAUUGAUCACAACCAUGUUGUUUCCAACAUCAAGAAGAAGUUGGUAGAAAAGGGGAAAUGUGCAACUAACAGGGACAUAUUUGUUUGGAUAAAACCAAUAACAAACCAUUUUUGGUAUUGUGCAAAAACUUGUGGAGGAGAUGAACUCAGGUUGAAAGAAAAAUGGCUGAGUAUUCUCAAACACAUUCUCAAUCAACAUGAUUUUCCUCAAAAUAUGGUUUUUAAAGAAUGUGACCACCCUGAACUCACUCAAGAUCAAGUGAGAAGGAAGAAGUGGCUUACUGAGGACUCUUCCCCUUACAAGGCCAUCAAAGAUGUCAUCACAGACAGCAGACUCCUUGCUGAUCUAGCUAAUCUCAUCAAGCACUACCACACUGGCUGCCUAGAAGUAUACCAUUCCAUGUUGAACAAACACCUACCAAGCACUUUGAAUAUGACCUCAGACAAAUUCAAAAUGGUUGCCUAAUUUGGGAUUUCGCAAUAAUUCUCUCCAAAUUCUGGUUACAUUAUACUCAAAUUGAAGGAAUUUUGGAGAAGCUCACAAUGUAAUUGAAUUUUCUGUAUAGUUUGUUAACUUGUAUGGUGGAGACACUGGAACCAAC